CCCUCUUCUACUUGUUUGCUCUUCUGUUUUCCCUGAGUUUAAACCCUGAAAUCUAGUUCUUCUCAAUUCAAUUCAAUGGAGUGUGGAAAUGCUUUUGAUCAAAUUACACCAAGCUAUGCAACUGCAUCUGCAUCUUCAUCAUGUUCAGAGCUUCAAAGCUACAUUUUUAUCAAUCAUCGUGGAGUCGAUGUGAAACACAAAAUUGCCAGCACAAUCUACCAUACUCUUCAUCUCUUGGGAUUGCGGGCGUUUCUCGAUAUAGAAGUGCUUGAGGCCGGCGACGUCAUUCCAGUGGAGAUACAAGCAGCAAUAAGUCGUGCAUCCCUUCAUAUAGCCAUUUUUUCUCCUAACUAUGCCCAAUCCCCCUGGUGUUUGGCUGAGCUAUCCUUCAUGCUCAAAACUGGCACAAAAAUUAUUCCCAUUUUCUAUCAUGUUGAUCCCUUUGACCUCAGAUGGAUUGCUCAAGGGAAAGGAAGCUAUGUAGAUGCAUUCUCCAAGCAUGAAAAGAAGGGUAGGUACACGCCACAGAAGCUUCAAGAGUGGAUGAAAGCUCUGCAGGACGUUUCAUUUCUCUCGGGAUAUUUGAUUAAUGAUGAUAGCGUGAAUGAGGGGAGGCUGUUGAAGAAUGUCGUGGAUUGUAUAGUGAGAGCCAUGAAAAGAGUUCCACUAGAGGUCGCCAAACAUCCCGUUGGAAUGGAUGAGGCUGUAAUAAACUUUGAGAGAAAUGCAGUCCAAUCCGCGCAAAACUACCCCAAUGUAAAAAUUGAAGGGAUCGUGGGCAUGGGAGGAAGUGGCAAAACCACAUUGGCGAAAGAGUUAUUCAAUAGGAAAUGCUCGUUUUUUGAAAGAAGCAGCUUUAUUUUUGAUGUCUGGUCAGCAGCCCAAAAUGAUUUGCACAAGAAGCAGAAAAAACUUCUCCAGGACCUUGGUGUCUCUUAUUCGACAUUCGACAAUGUAGAGGAUGGGAAAAGAAUUUUGUCAAAUUGUUUGAGAUAUGUUCGUGCUUUCAUUGUUUUAGAUGAUGUAGAUCACAUAGACCAGCUAGAUGCUCUACUGCCAAAUCUCAACAACCUUGGAUCUAAUAGUCUUGUGAUUGUCACAACCAGGGAUUCGGGAGUCCUUACCUCGUGGGAUAUCUAUUCCAUAUAUAAAAUGCCUGGAUUGAAUGACUUGCAAGCAAUGGAGCUUUUCUGUAAGCACGCAUUCAUGCAACCCUUUCCACUCCCUGGAUAUGAAAUUUUAGCUGAAGGUUUCUUAAAAGCUUGCAAUGGAUUGCCCCUGUCUCUUAAGGUUCUAGGUGGACAGUUACAUGGAAGAAAAUCUGAAGAUUUCUGGCAAUCUCAACUAAAUAAAAUAUUAAGAAUAUUGCCUCCCGAUAUCAUAAAAAGGCUACAACUAAGCUUCGAUACGCUGGACAAGGAAGAGCAAGAGAUGUUCCUGGAUGCGGCUUGUUUUCUUAUUGGAGAAGAGAAAAGUGUGGCCAUUGCAGUUUGGGACGGAUCUGGUUGGAGUGGUGUGCAUGGUUUGGAAUCACUUGUGAAUAAGUGUCUUGUGGAGCUGAUCUACGACGACGACAAGCACAGAGAGACAAUAUGGAUGCACAAUCAUCUUCGUUAUAUGGGGAGAGAGAUUGCAACUACACACUGCCCAUAUCGUUAUUGGUCUCCGCAGCAGAUUAAGAAAUUUUUCAAGGAAAGAACACCGGUCAGGGGUAUAAGUUUCGAAACUUUGAAAUCCCAAAUUGUUUUGAAGACGUCCGUGGGAACCUCGAGGAGAGGGUUUAAACAGCUUGGAUUUUCCCUUAACUCAGAGAUUCUUCUUGUUAGUGGAAAUGAACUUACAAAAGGAAUUCUCUCAUCAUCAGAAGGCCUCCUGUGGCUUCGUUGGAAAAGUUUUCCUCACACGAAUCUUCCUUCAUGGCUUCCGUUGACAAGUUUAACUGUAUUACAGAUUUCUUCCACAGAAUUAGUAGAGCUAUGGGGAGCUAGGGUGGAGCCUCCGUUAAAGUUGAUAGAGCUGAAUAUUACUUCAAGCAGUAGGCUGCAAAAGUUUCCCCCUUCAAUAGGGUGUCUUAAGCAUUUGAAAAAAAUAAUAUUCCGCAAUGGCCAGUUUGAAAGCUUUCAUUUCAGAAGUCUGCCAGAAGAGCUUUGUGAUCUCCAAUCUCUGGAGCACCUGGAAUUAGAUUUUUUCGAUCACCUAUCUUCACUACCGGUUCGCUUUGGAGAGCUGACAAAUCUGCGUUACAUAAAGUUGAAUUAUUGCGCAGAGUUGAAGGAACUGCCACUUUCUUUUAAGCAUCUGAUACAUUUGGAAUUUCUGGGUUUAUCAUUUUGCAAGAAGCUCAAGCUUAGGUUAGACAUGCUGGAAAACAUAACAAAGCUGGAAAUUUUAGACCUCUAUUGUUGCGAGGAAGUACAAGAGUUGCCUUCACAAAUUACAAAUCAGGUGUCUUUGAAAACACUCAAUGCAGAUAAAACCAGCUUAAGGUAUUUACCAAAUGACAUCGGUCUACUUCGCAAGUUGAAUAGCCUAUCAAUUAGUAGCAGCCUGUUGACAAGCUUGCCAACUUCUCUUGGAAACCUCUCCUGCUUGACAUAUAUUUUCAUUAGUUGCCCGCUGUUGACAAGCUUGCCACAUUCUCUUUCAAACUUGUCUUGCUUGACAUUUUUCAAUAUUGUUAGUUGCGAGAAAUUAGAAUAUAUACCUCACAGCCUCUGCCGCCAUCAACUUCUACGGAAAGUAACCAUAAGAUAUGCAGGGGUCAGAGAGUUGCCUUUUGGAGCAGGGGAUUUUGCACUUCACAAACUGGAAUUUAUAGACUUAUCUGAGACAGGUUUGUCCGAAAUAUCCAUAUCUCAAGAUUGUUGUCCCAACCUUAAGGAUCUGACUAUAUCUGGGAAUACCCAAUUGAUGGAAAUCAAAAGCUUGCCGAAAUCAAUUAACUACCUAUUAUUGUCGGACUGUGAAGUGCUGAAGAACACUAGGUGCAUUGGAGGUGUGGUAAACCUUCGUCAACUUUAUAUAUCUGCCUGUGGGGAGUUAGAUGAGCUCCCAAAUUUUACACUUCUGACUCUCCUGAAUGAAUUUACAAUGAUCAAGUGCCCCAAAGUUUCCAGAAUAGAAGGUUUGCAACAUUGCACAUCAUUGGAGAAGUUAGAAAUAGAAACCAGUUGGAAGUUGCCAGGAAUACAGAGUUUGGAGAAGAUAGAUAGAUUGAAAGAAUUGAGUAUAAAAUGUCACAACAUGUCAGCCUCAAAGCCUUCUGUUCAGUCUAUUAAGGAAUGUCCCUGGCGGAUGGAGUUAGAAGGGAGGGUGUUUGGUUUUGUCCAAGACUGUUUGGAGUUUCCCGAGCUUAGUGUAAAGCAAUGGAAGGAGGUGUUUGAUCCCAACAAGGAAUUAUUUUACUCUCCGAAUUUCUUGUGUUAUAUGGAGCGGGAUUAUAUUGAAGAUGAAAGUUAUUUGGAGAAAAGGAAAUACAUACAUAUAGCGGUGUUCAGGCAAGCUCCAGAUGAUGAGGUCGCUAGCUAUUUCCAAUCGAGAUCUCAACAGUAUCUAUGUUCUUCUGAUAGCAGGGCAAUUGUAGUGGCAGGCGAAGAAGCAAAAGUUGUGGAGGCCUUCUACAAAAUAUUAUCACUCCUGGAAUAAUUAACUGGCAUUUAUUGGGAUCAAGUUGGUGUAGGUGUGUAUGUCGAUGCUGCUACACUAACACUGAUGUUGUUGAGGCAUAUAUGUCAUCUUCCAGGGAUCAUCAAAUCACAUGUCCUCUCAAAAUGGCACUACAAGUUGUGCUUUUGACCAGCCAAACGAUCAAGAUACCAACAGUAUGGGAUGGAUCCAGCUGGAGAGGUCUGCAUGGUUUGGAAACGCUUGUGGAUAAGUGUCUUGUGGAGCUGAUCUAUGACGAGUACGAGCACAUGGUGAAAAUAUGGGUGCACAAUCAUCUUCGUGAUAUGGGGAGAGAGAUUGCAACUACAUGGUCGCCAUGUCAUUAUGGGUCUCCAAAGCAGAUUGUCAACAUUCACAACCAUUCUGAGGAAAGCACACCGCCUAGGGGGAUAACUUCUGAUGCUUCCAGUUUUGAAAUUUUUUUGAAGACAUUCGUGGAAACCUCAAAGAGAGGGUUUAAACGGCUUCAAUCUUCCCUCAGCUCAGAUAUUCUUUGUUAGUGGAAAUGAACACACAAAAGGAAUUGCCUCACUAUCAGAAGACCUUGUGUGGCUUCGUUGGAAGAGUUUUCCCCAUAGAACUCUUCCUUAGUGAGUUCCAGAAUCCAUUCACAAGUUUGACAGUAUUACAGAAUUAUUUUAGAGACACAGAAGAGCUGUGGGGAGACAAUGUGGACGUAAGUAUCUUGCUUUGUGUUAGCUUUUAAAGAACACUUCUAAAUUGAAUGUUUAAUUCUUAUAAUAAAAGAAAACAAUAUGUUGCCUGCAACCUCCUUUUAAGUUAAUACUGAGUUACCGGGUUCAGCCCCCUAGACCCCUGGUACUGGUCCGGUACAGUUCUGGUUCAGGGUUUGGGUCCGGUUCACCUAUGGUUCGGACAGGGUUCAUGGUUCACAGACCUGGUUCAAACCAGGGCGAACCCAAGAGGACCUAAGGUUGAACCCAAGAAGACCCAGGUCGAACCCAAGAGAACCCAAGUAGAACCCAGGGGUCUGACAGUCAAAAAAUGGAUUUUUUUUGUUGCAAAAUUUAAUUUUUUUUUAAUUCCACCACAUAAAAAAUUAAAAUGACCCUAAAAGUGAGUUUUAAAACAUUAACUUGGCUCAUUUCACACAAGCAACAUGACUACAAGCAAGGGGAAACGAAGAUGUGGGAUAUGGAGCCAAAACAUAUUGAUUUGGAUAAAUUCACUUCUUAGCUUGUUGCAUUUGAUGACUCAGAUAGCGAGCAAACUUAAAGUGCAAGUGCAAGUGUCAUUGGCAUUGGCAUUGAUUCAUCUAAUGUCAAUGUCAAUGAUGAGGAAUUAGAGAAUCCAUUUGAUGAUCAAACUUUAAAUUGUUGAAAGUUGAAACAAUGAUACUUGAAUAUUUUAUCAUUUUGAUAUUAAACUUGAUGUAUAUGAUGCUGUUAUGGUAUGAUCAUGAUGCUAUGAUUACAAGUUUAUGUUGGUUUUGUUGUUUAUAUGAUGCUAUGUGACAUGCUAAUCUUAAUUCAUGCUUAUAAGCUGAAUAUAUAUAUAUAAUUUACAUGUUUUUGUACUAACGAACCCAAAUGAACCCAAACCCCUUUUCAAAAUUUUGUCGUACUGGCGUACCGGUUCUUCGAACCUAAACCGGUGCCUGAACCCGAACUGACAACCUAGAGUUAAUAGAGCUGAAAAUUACUUCAAGCAGGAAGCAAUUUGAAAAGAUUAAUAUUUUGCAAUGGCUUUCACUAUAGCAGCCUGCCAGAAGAGUAUUGUGAUCUUCAAUAUCUGGAACACUCGAAGUUAAGGUUUUCUUGUUUUGGAGAGUUAACAAUUUUGCGCCAUAUAGACUUGCAUAGCUGCCAAGAGUUGAAAAUACUGCUAGUUUCUUUUAAGCAUCUGAUACAUUUGGAAUACCUGAAUUUAUUAUUUUGGGUGAAGCUCAAAAAGCUUAGGUCAAACAUACUGGAAAAUGUAUACCUCCAUUCUUGGAAGGAAUUAGACAAGUUGCCUUCUCAAAUUACAAAUCAGGUGUUUAAGGUAUUUGGCUAAUGACAUCGGCCUACUUCCCAAGUUAAAAAGCCUAUUAACUGGUAGCAACCUAUUGGCAAUGAUGCAAGAGCGAAAGAAAUUCUCCAACCUGCAACAGCAAACCCAGAUGCAAAACUAACUGCAGAGAUUCUCUGCUUUCAAAUUUAGAUUGCAACUAUGAAAUUAAAGUUUCAUUCACAACAAAACAAGAUACGCAUUAUUUACAGUAUGGCCUUUCAUUGGCCUUCCCCACUUUCUCUCUCUACAUUCAAAACAACUCUCCUCUCUCUCUAUGUGCAGCCACACUUUACCCACACUCACACCAUAAUGGGCCGAUUUCUCCUUGGUCGCAGCUCUAUUCUUCUCUUCAACCUGUGCAGGCCCUCUGUUUGUCGCAGCUACCACACCUAAUGGACCGAUUCCCCCUUAUAUUUCAUCUUCUACAAUUAGAUGCCUCUUCAUGUUCUGAAUUCCAAUGGCCUUUCAUCCCACAGCAUGGAAGCUGAAUCGAAUAACUAAAUGCAGUUUGGUUUCAACUUCUGCCAAACACCAAGGAAAUUUGGCUUUUCGCCUGUCCAGAGCCUCUUUGGCGAAUCUAACUUGUAUAUAUGUAUCCUAUUAAAUUGAUAUACACAUGUCUUGCCACGUUUUGCAAAUACGUCUACCUGGGCAAUCGCAAUUACAAAUCUAAUUUUAUUUAUUUUUUUGAUGUCCAUGUGCUGUUUCGAUGCUCCCAUUUCUACACGGGUUGGGUGGAUAUUUGUGGAAUGUUGAGUUAUGUCUGUCGAGUGCAUUUGCUUGGAAGUGUUUAAAGCCUUGUCGUCAAAUCCAAUUUGUGUAUAUACUGCAAUCAUUUUAGUUCAAGAGACAAUGUCUCUUUCAGGCAUUUUGUCAGACAAUUCGCAUACCCUGUCUGUGCUUACACAUUUGCAUACAUGUUCACCAGGGUAAUUGAAGCUUCAACAUCUGGCAAAAUUUAAUAUCUUUAAAACUCUGAUGGAUAUCCACACUGGUUUCCAAAGCCAUCAUGUGCUUUUCAUGACUACAUCACUGAGCAAUUUAUGUGCCCUGUUCCAAGCUACCAAAGAGAAAAGGUUAUUUUUUAACUAGUGAGAUGCAAAGCAAACAAAGCCAAAACCAGAAACCAAAACAAACGGAAAUUUUUUUUUUUUUGUUGGUGCUGAUUGCGAAUGCACUCGAGUGCUCCUUCACCAGACAAGCUUGCCAACUUCUCUUGAAAACUUGCCCUCCUUAACCCGUCUUUUUAUUAAGAGCUCGUUGUUGACAAGCUUGCCAAUUUCUCUUGGAAACUUGUCCUGCUUGACCUAUCUUUCUAUUGAUUGACCGCUGUUGACAAGCUUGCCAGCUUCUCUUGGAAACUGGUCCUGCUUGAAAUCUUUCACUAUUUCUAACUGCGAGAAAUUAGAAUGUAUAUACCUCAUAGCAUUUGGGGUCUUAGAAAUUCAUUGUUCAGGGGUUAGAGAGUUGCCUUUUGGAUCAGGGGAUUUUGCACUUCACAAAGUAGAAUUUCUAGACUUAUCUGAGACAGGUUUGUCCAAAAUAUGGAUAUCUUAAGAUUGUUGUCUCAACCUUAAGGAUCCGACUAUUUCUGGGAAUACCCAAUUGAUGGAAAUCAGAAGCUUGCCUACAUCAAUUAACUACCCAUUAUUGUCGGACUGUGAAGUGAUGAAGAACAUUAGAUGUAUGGGAGGUGUGGUAAACCUUCGUAAACUGCCUAUAUAUGAGUGUUAGGAGUUAGAUGGGCUCUUAACUUUUAUAGAUCUGACUCUCCUGAAUAACAUUGAAAUGUUCAAUUGUCCCACGGUUUCCAGAAUACGAGAAAUCCAAUAUUGCAGAUCAUUUGAGAAGUUAUAAGCAAGGAGCUGCUAGGAUUGCAGUGUUUGGAGAAGCUGGAUAGAUUGAAAGAAAUGAAUGUCGGAUGUUACAACAUGUCAAGUCAUAAAGCCUUGUGUUCGUGGCCUGUCCCCAUUUGUCCCUAAUUCGAAAAUUGAAUGAGUGGGACACUUCUCUCUCUCUCUCUAUAUAUUUAUAGGCUGAUCUAUUCAGGUUUCGGCAUCAAUAAAUAAUAUGUUUUUGGGUCAAUCUAUUUGGGUUUUGGCAUCAAUAAAUAAUAUGUUUCUAGGCCGACCUGCCUGCAAGUUGGUUUCUUGGCGCCCUCUGAGGUAUAAAGGCCAGUGCAAUCGCACUCUUGUGGGUAUGAAAUAAUUUUUGGGACGAAUGCCUAGUGACACUACACCAGGACGAAAACCCUGUUGUCCGUGCAAGGAGGUUGGGACGAAACCCCUAACCCUCUUUAACUCUUCUCGCAUUCUCUUCCUUCAGUUCCAUUGCAGGUCUGUGAAUUACAUGCAUCUGGCGAAUUCAAGGAAAAGGAAAUCCGAGAUUAAACUCACCUAGGUGUGAUUGCUUUAACUUACCUAGGCGUGAUUACAAAUCUCCUCAAUUCUCUAUAGAUUUGGACUUCCCUUUUGUCAGCAAGGUGUUGGGCGAUCUAACUUGGGUUCUUUGUGGAGAAACUUUGCUCAUACCAUCACUGUAGUUGAACUAACUCAGAUCAUGAUACAAAAGGACAGAGAACUAAGAGAUCUUAUUCUAGGUUAUGUGGCUCAAUUCAUACUUUGUAGAGUUUACUCAUUCAGGCGACUAUUUGCAGCUCUCUUCAAAAUUGUUGCAGAUCAAAAAUUAUCUAUCAUUCAUUCUAUAUCUCCCCUUAGAGCCCUAAGCAGAUCACACAUUCUUGACCAUGUUCUGGGCUAACUCUGACGAUAUUAAAUUGUAGACAAAACGAAGUCUUUGGAGCCAUAAUUCUUUUAUUUCUUGAGGCGUGCAACUAGUAUUUAUUUUAUGCUUGUCUUAUGGAAUGAAGGUUCAAAAUUCUGAUUUCUGUUAUCAGUCUUAAUUUUCAUAAGUUGUUAUCAAGAUCUGAUUUAAAUUUGAACUAGAAACCCUAGGUAUCUUAUAUUGGUAUCAGAGCCAUUGUUCCUGUCAGCCUAUGGGAACUGCUGUAAUACUAACUUAAGGAUAGGAAUGAAGGAAGUGUGCAAAAAGUUAUUAGGGAAAACAUAGAAUUUCAAUACUCAAAUAGAGAUUCUAUGGCAGAGAUGGUUCGCAUCGUAAGAGGGAUUAAUCAGCAAUGGAAUGUCGGUAGAUCCAAUCACCAUUUUGCAGAAGGUUGUAGCUCGGCCAAUGGUAGGGUUUCAAUUAACCCACUCAAGAAGAUAUUCAAAGCCAAAUUUUUCUGAAUAGAAGAAGCAGGCUUCUUUGAGGGAGAACAACCUAUACACCAACAACAAGAGGAUGAAGUGGCAUGAUACCAUGCUGAAUAUAUUGUCCUGGAUCCUGCCAUCCAUUAUGACAUAUCUUUGAGGAGUACUACGAUAUGAAAAUAAGAAAUGGACAGACGAGGAGAAUGUGCAGAGAGCAAGAUCCAUUCUUGAAAGAAGUGCCCAAGAUGAUGGAUAAUGAAAUAGUGAGGGAUACAUUGAAACCAUUAUCACAAGAGGAGGUCGAGAAAGAAGCAGUGAUAACAGAGUAGGAAGAAAAACCAAAGCUAGAAGACACCACAAAGGACGAACAAGAGGAACCAAAUAAGCAAGUUGAAGGUAGAGAUAUUUCGAUGAUGGAAGAUGUUUUAUUUACUUCAAAUGACUACAUGUGUCAGCAAAGCAGUGAGGAAGUUAAGGAGGAAAAGGCGCCAAACUGGAAGAUGUUUUAUUGACUUCAAAUGAUUGCAUGUGUCAGCAAAGUAGUGAGGAAGUAAAGGAGGAAAAGGCAUCAGUUGUUCGAUGUGAAGAGUCCAAGAUGGAAGAGGAUGCAGCCAACGAUGCACCAUUUUUUGAAUUUCCACACACUGAAUCAUUUAUUUAUUUACAAAAGAGAAUAGAGGAUGGAUAUGCCAUUGAGAAGAACCCUUUGGUUAGCCCCAAGUUGGGAGUUUUGAAUCACAGAAAUGGAUGUGUUGAGGACAUUCCGAACAAAUUCUCUUUUGGUGACAGUGGUUGAGCAUGUGCUUCGCAACCUAAGGUAUGACAAUUUGUUUCUUCCCGUGUUAUUGCAAAAUUUUUGUUACCAUGGAGCUAGCACACGAAAGAGAGUGAUAAAAUCCAAAUGGUUUUUGGGUCAUAGAUGAUAGAGCCAAUGUUGUUACCUUUGAAUCCUCCAUCUAUUGUGUUAGAAAUGAGUUGAAGUUUGUGAGGAAUCACUUAGGUUAUGUCGUACAUUCUAAUCGCGUUGUGAAAGAUCCACUAUCUAUAAAUCACUCAGGGGAGCCAAGUAUAAUUGAGGACAAGAUCAUGGGUGAGGGCGAAAUGGAGAUAGUCACCUUGGAGUGUUUGAUGCUGGAUGAUGAUGAUAAGAUGGAGAUCAUUUCGAUAUUCCAGAUUUAUAACUAAGCAUGGUGUGGUGUUUGUUGAUUCGAGCUACAAUUUAUAUCAUGGACGAACCCUAUGACAUUCCACGAUGGCCUCACUACUCCUUGCAUCUCGAAGAGAACUGACUACUAUUAUAUUCAAAGGACACAAUAUAUGUACGGAUUUUAUAUCAUCGAUCUAGAGAGAAUUGAAACAAUUUUGGGUUUGUAAUGGUUACGUCCAUUUAAGAGUUAAUUAUGGAGUUCAAGAAGUUAUGCUUAGGAAAGAUGCUUCAUUAUGAUAAUGCUUGGUUUGAUAAUGUUGUGUUUGUCUUGGAUUUAUUCAAUAUCACUCUCUUAUUAUUUCUUCCCAUGUUAUUGCAAAAUUUUUGUUACCAUGGAGCUAGCACACGAAAGAGAGUGAUAGAAUCCAAAUGGUUUUUGGGUCAUAGAGGAUAGAGCCAAUGUUGUUACCUUUGAAUCCUCCAUCUAUUGUGUUAGAAAUGAGUUGAAGUUUGUGAGGAAUCACUUAGGUUAUGUCGUACGUUCUAAUCGCGUUGUGAAAGAUCCACUAUCUAUAAAUCACUCAGGGGAGCCAAGUACAAUUGAGGACAAGAUCAAGUACAAUUGAGGACAAGAUCAUGGGUGAGGGCGAAAUGGAGAUAGUCACCUUGGAGUGUUUGAUGCUGGAUGAUGAUGAUAAGAUGGAGAUCAUUUCGAUGUUUCAGAUUUAUAACUAAGCAUGGUGUGGUGUUUGUUGAUUCGAGCUACAAUUUAUAUCAUGGAUGAACCCUGUGACAUUCCAUGAUGGCCUCACUACUCCUUGCAUCUCGAAGAGAACUGACUACUGUUAUAUUCAAAGGACACAAGAUAUGUACGGAUUUUAUAUCAUCGAUCUAGAGAGAAUUGAAACAAUUUUGGGUUUGUAAUGGUUACGUCGAUUUAAGAGUUAAUUAUGGAGUUCAAGAAGUUAUCCUUAGGAAAGAUGCUUCAUUAUGAUAAUGCUUGGUUUGAUAAUGUUGUGUUUGUCUUGGAUUUAUUCAAUAUCACUCUCUUAUUAUUUCUUCCCAUGUUAUUGCAAAAUUUUUGUUACCAUGGAGCUUGUUAAUUUCAAGCAAUCAGAUGUUAAUCUAACCAAUUAAUUAUAAUCAGACUGUGAAUAAUCAGUAAUAGUAAAAACACAAGACAAAAGACGCCAAUACCCUGUGAAAACCUCCCUCUUGGAGGUGAAAAAACCCAGCCUUAAAUAUGAUAUGUAUUAUCUCAAUUGUAGGCAAUUACAAUAUAGCAAACUUAUCUCAGAUUGCUGUCCAGAUUGCUGUCCAAACAGCAAGUUGACAAGGUAAUGAAGGAUGCAGCCCUAAUCAACAGUAGAUGACCAAAAGAGAGGAUCAGCAGUAGAUGACAACAAUAGGCUGGAGCAGAAUUGCAGAAGAUCUUGACAACUUCGCCCAACAAUAUCCUUGACUGAAUUUGCACAAAUGAAGAGUUCACUAAAAUGUAGGAGAGCAGAUUGCAUUUGCUAAGAAUGAUUGUAUAAUUGACUUCAUCUUCACGUGGAUUAUAUACCAUCCUUUUUGGCACUAAACAUCCUCAAGUCGGCUUUCAAGAUAAUUAAUAUUAUACAUUUUCCCACGUUAGGUAUUGGGUCCAGCCCAAUAGCCACCACGUUACAAUUGAGCCCAGCCCAAAACAUAGUUAAUUGUUACAUUUGGGUCUACCCUAUCUACAAGUUACAUUCAAUAUAGGACCACAAGUUACAUCGUCCAAUUAGGGUCAGACCAAAUUGCAAGUUACAUUUAUAGGGCCUAUCUUAUCCACAAGUUACAUUAUUUGGGCCCAGCCCUAAGUUCAAUUUACAUAAUAGAUAAUACAUGUGUAUUUUAAUUGUCAUUGACAACAUUAAAAUACAAUAAAUAGGUAUCCGAGCUAGCUACUAUUUCAACAGCUAGCACACGAAAGAGAGUGAUAGAAUCCAAAUGGUUUUUGGGUCAUAGAGGAUAGAGCCAAUGUUGUUACCUUUGAAUCUUCCAGCUAUUGUGUUAGAAAUGAGUUGAAGUUUGUGAGGAAUCACUUAGGUUAUGCCGUACAUUCUAAUUUCGUUGUGAAAGAUCCACUAUCUAUAAAUCACUCAGGGGAGCCAAGUACUAUUGAGGACAAGAUCAUGGGUGAGGGCGAAAUGGAGAUAGUCACCUUGGAGUGUUUGAUGCUGGAUGAUGAUGAUAAGAUGGAGAUCAUUUCGAUAUUCCAGAUUUAUAACUAAGCAUGGUGUGGUGUUUCUUGAUUCGAGCUACAAUUUAUAUCAUGGAUGAACCCUAUGACAUUCCACGAUGGCCUCACUACUCCUUGUAUCUCGAAGAGAACUGACUACUAUUAUAUUCAAAGUACACAAGAUAUGUACGGAUUUUAUAUCAUCGAUCUAGAGAGAAUUGAAACAAUUUUGGGUUUGUAAUGGUUACGUCCAUUUAAGAGUUAAUUAUGGAGUUCAAGAAGUUAUGCUUAGGAAAGAUGCUUCAUUAUGAUAAUGCUUGGUUUGAUAAUUUUGUGUUUGUCUUGGAUUUAUUCAAUAUCACUCUCUUAUUAUUUCUUCCCAUGUUAUUGCAAAAUUUUUGUUACCAUGGAGCUAGCACACGAAAGAGAGUGAUAGAAUCCAAAUGGUUUUUGGGUCAUAGAGGAUAGAGCCAAUGUUGUUACCUUUGAAUCCUCCAUCUAUUGUGUUAGAAAUGAGUUGAAGUUUGUGAGGAAUCACUUAGGUUGUGCCGUACAUUCUAAUCGUGUUGUGAAAGAUCCACUAUGUAUAAAUCACUCAGGGGAGCCAAGUACAAUUGAGGACAAGAUCAUGGGUGAGGGCGAAAUGGAGAUAGUCACCUUGGAGUGUUUGAUGCUGGAUGAUGAUGAUAAGAUGGAGAUCAUUUCGAUAUUCCAGAUUUAUAACUAAGCAUGGUGUGGUGUUUGAUGAUUCGAGCUACAAUUUAUAUCAUGGAUGAACCUUGUGACAUUCCACGAUGGCCUCACUACUCCUUAUUCAAAGGACACAAGAUAUGUAUGGAUUUUAUAUCAUCGAUCUAGAGAGAAUUGAAACAAUUUUGGCUUUGUAAUGGUUACGUCCAUUUAAGAGUUAAUUAUGGAGUUCAAGAAGUUAUCCUUAGGAAAGAUGCUUCAUUAUGAUAAUGCUUGGUUUGAUAAUGUUGUGUUUGUCUUGGAUUUAUUCAAUAUCACUCUCUUAAGGUAGUGAGCAAAUGAGAUAUUUCUAAAUGAGAUUUUUGCAAAAUGGGAAUUUCUUGUUGAAGGUCACCAACUAAAUAUGUCAAGGAUAAGCGUGGGCUACAAGAUGCAUGAACCAAAAGCUACCAAGGAAACGGUAUCAGAAUUUAUAUUUUGUGAUUCCAACAAUUCCGGCUACUACAAUUCAUUGUUAGCAUAUGAACAAGUGUUUUGUGUCACAAGGUUGCUAAUUUUGAAAGGCUCUAGGAGUAUGCAGUUUUUUGUUUGUGGAUUUUCUGCUGUUGAAAUUUCGAUCGAGCUUCCAAAUUAUGGAUAGUGCUGAUUAAUGACUAUUGUAUCAAUUUUAUAUUGCUAAUGAUUAUAUUUCAGACUUGAUAUUAGUUACAACUACAUGGCCUUGUAAUAUGUUGGUGCAUCGCUCUUUUAGAAAUAGUCAAAAGAAGAAGGUUGUUUCAACAAUCAAGCACUUGAAGUAAACAUCUCAAGAAGUACUGCCAGCAGAUGUAGUUGGUUUUGGGAAGGAUUUAGUUUACCUGAGGAAGAAUGAUAGACUGACGAAAGUGUGUGGUAGAACUCUGAAAUCGAAUAAGGAAGGUGGAAUUGUCAGUUGUUGACCCCAAGCCAGAUCUCAUAGUGGCAUUGAAUGGUUUUUCACAUAACAAGAGUGUAGAUCGGAAUUUUAAGGAAUGCAGAAAGAGGACAGAAUUGAAUCCUUCUGCACCCUGAAUCCUUUGAUGAAGAAAGGAUUGAAUGUGACUGGAGGUGGAUUAAUUCAGAUCAGGAUACAAGAGGACAGAAAAUUAAGAGAUCUUAUUGAAGGCUGCACGCUUCAAUUCAUACUUUGUGAAGUUUACUCAUUCAGGCGGUUAUUUUCAGCCCCUUCCUAAUUGUUGCAGAUCAGAAAUUAUCUGUCAUUCAUCGUAAAUCUGUCUUUAGAGCCCUGAGCAGAUCACACAUUCUUAAUUUUGAGAAGUUGUUAGCAAGAUCUGAUUUACAUUUGAACUAGAAACCCUAAGUAUCUUAGGGUUCAGUCUAUGGAGGUAAUUAAAUCUGAUUACACUUCCAAAAUUAUUAUUAUUUUGAACUUUUCAUGUUUACUGACAGAUUGUUCUGCACCAAACAGUAUUUGCAGGAAUGUCCCUGCUGGAUGCAGCUAGGAGGAAGGCUGACUGCUUUCGUACAACCAAUUUUAAACUUUUUGGAGUUUCCUGCUCUUAGAGUACGGAAAUUCAAGGAGGUGUUUCAUCCGGACAAGCUUAUAUUGUUCUUUCCAAAUUUCUUGUGUUAUUUGGAACCGGAUUACUUUGAGGAGGAAGUAAAGGGGAAAUGCAUACAUGUAGCGUUGUUCAGACAAGCUCCAAAUGAAGUGGUUACUUCGAACUUCCGAUGGACAAUUCCAUUUAAUCUAAUUUUUUUGCUGAUAGCGAAGCAAUGGUAACUGCAAGCGACGAAGAAAAAGGUGCUGAGGUAUUUUACAAAUAUUUGGAUUCCAAUAGUUUUUUCAUUUUUAUUGAACAAAGUAAUUAAAAUUUAUAGUUCAUGAUGUCAGCAAUCUGUAUAUGGGUUUACAGAUAUGGGACUACCUUGUAUUUCUUGAGCGAGGCACCUAACUGUACUACAAACGAUAUCUAUACCCCACCUCUUUGUGAGAUGAAAGCUACGAAAGUGGUUGGAAAGAACAAUUGAACAUAAAAAAUCUGAGUCAUAAAGCUGCAAGAAAGAAACAAAAUUACAUGUUCUAGAGAAUACAUAAAAUAGUUUAUUGGCAUUCA